AUGAUUCAUUUCAGCGUAAACCUUCGGGAGGUUGUAGCCUACAAUCUCUCCGGAAAUGCCGUCCUUAUCACCCAUUUCGACUCUGACAAGUACCCAGUUGAUACGUGGAAUAAAGAUCUCUGCCAACAGGUGCUCAAGGGAGCCAUCGGUAAAGAUAUGUCCCUCAAGGUCUUGAGCUACCGCCCCUGGAUCCUGAGUCGAAAAGUCGCAAAAGCAUACCGGGAGGGAAAUGUAUUUCUUACAGGAGACGCAGCGCAUUUGUUUCCACCCACGGGAGGUCUGGGUCUCAACUCCAGCCUUGCAGAUGUUUAUAACCUUGCUUUCAAAGUUGCCCAUGCCUUUCACCGUCCUUCCAGUCCUACCCUUCUCGACUCUUAUACCGAAGAGCGCAGACAUGUUGCCGAAGUGAACUCACGACAGAGUGUCAAAAACGGACAGAAGAUCUGA